GCCCCUUGGCCCCACAAGUGCAACUUCAUUUAGCAGCUCCCAGCAGAAGGAAAGUGCGAGUCUGGAGCCGGCGGCGGGGCUCCUGGGCGGCUCGGCUGGAGGGCAGGAGGGCGCGAUCCAGCGAUCCCUGCCUGGGCGCGGGGCUCGGAGCCGGGGCUAAGCUGUUGUCCUGCUGUGCAUGAAGCGUGUUUGAAGUCAUGUCCAGAAGGAAAGUCCUCUAAAUCAGCAUUUUGCAAGUGAACAGAGAUGCAAUGGAGGUAGAGUCCAGCACCUACACUGACUUCAUCUCCUGCGACCGGGCUGGCCGCAGGAACGCUGUCCAUGACAUCCAGCGAGAGGCCACCACCAUCAGCAUGCGCAAGCUGACCCAGGACAUGGGCGAGCUCGCUGUCGAAGGAGCAGAAAGCCAAAGAGAUGCCAGUUCUUCUGACAGCGACCCUGGAGCAAGACCAAAGGGGCAAGAAAGCAGCCCCUCCCCCUGAGAGCAAAAAGGGUGUGGGAUGGGCAGGAGGAGGGCCUUGCUGUGAACGUUAAACAAGAAUUGAUUGAAUCUCUGGACAAAAGCCAACCUGGAGCAGCAAGUUGUCUGUCAAAUGCCUCUGCUGGAACCGUGCUUGUGUAGGGAGACAUGAGACACUUGCAAGGACUGGCACCUCCAAAAGACUUCUGCCCCCAUCCCUGAUGGUUUUGAGCAACACUGCCAUGGUUGUAGUGAUAUGAGCCAUUCUCAAGAUGCCUUAGCUGCAAUUUUCUCUUAGGGGAAAAACAGUUUCAGUAAUAAUAGACACACGAGAUUUUCCUGUCCAAGGUACCUUCCUCCUUUGCAGGUUUAGACUAUUAUUUAUUCCGUUUCCAUAGAUUAGAAAUUUAGAUUAUUGGUUUUUCUAAGCCUCACCCUCAUCUGCAUCUUAGACCUGGCCUCUGGAUUGUCCUCAUUGCCCUCGUCAGGGUGGGCAGUGGGGAAAGGACCCGACCUGUCCUGCUGCCCUCACGUGAGCACGACUCACCUGUGCUGCUGCUGCUGCUGCUGCUUAGCAUCAGGAAAGGACCAAAGCACAGCUCUGUGGGGACGAGCCCCACCUGGAGACCCAGCAGCACCAGCCACUGGCAUCUUUUUCUUCAGGUUUUAACACUUCAAGAUGUUAUUAAGGGGAGGGGAGAAACAUUUUGCUGGUUUGACUGUUGACAUUCAGGUUUAACUUUGCAAGCUGUUAGCUGAGAUGAUCUCUGGUAGGAUCUCACACCCUUCUGUCUUUAAGGAGACAUGUUUUGUGUUAAAGAUGGUUUGAUAAAACUACAUAAGCUGUUGGAAUAAAUGACACAGCCUUCAAGUACUGAAGGUGUUUUUUUUCUGCCUGGA